CUGUAGCUCUCUAGUCCUUCACCUCUCUCCUUUCUAUUUAUAAUCAGCCUACUUUUACUCCACGGCUAUUUUCUCUCUGACGGCUCCCUCCUGUCACUUGUUACUCGUCUUAAUUUCCGUCUCCCUUCCUCAUACACCUUCCAUAUCUGAUGAGUGAGCUUAUGGAGGCUUUUCAGUGUGGGUAUGAUAGACACAUUUAUUAUCACUAUUUUUGUGUUUAUUUUCAAUCUUUUUCGUGCUGUGUGGAGAACGUUAGAGUUUGAGCCGGCCGGUUUGGCAGUGUUAUAGAAGGAGAGAGGCCCUUCUUCAAGAGAACACAUGGAGGAGUUGAGCCCCAGACAACUGGCUGUCAAGCAGCUGAAGCGACAGUUCCUGGAGGCUCUGCAGGCCAACAAUGCCCAGGAGGUCAUGCAGAUUCUGCGUACCGGGAAACUUGACAUUGACACGGUGCUGGAGGUGGAAGACCCCAGCAUGGUGCUGGCCUCGUACAAACAAGGUUAUUGGCUCCCAGGCUACAAACUGGAGAAUUCCUGGGCGAUGGGUAUUCAUGUAUGUGUGAUGUAUAAUGCAGUGGAAACAGCACUGGUGCUCCUUCAGGAAGGUGCAGCCAUCAACCGGAUGCCUAAUGGGAAGACACCACUGCACGUGGCCUGCGAGGUUUCCCACAGCGACUGUGUUGCCUUGCUUUUGGCUCACAAGGCAAAAGUCAACAGUCUAUCACUGAGCGGCCACACACCACUGCACUACUGCAUCACCAGGGAGUCUGUGGACUGUGCCAAGCAGCUAAUCUCCAAAGGUGCAAACGUCAAUAUGCCAAGCCACAGCAAUGAGGAGGACACACCUUUACACAUAGCAGCCAGAUUCGGCAUCCCAGAGCUGGUGGCUCUCUACUUGACUCAUGGAGCAUCUGUGAAUGCAGCUAACUCUCUCCAGGAGACUCCCCUGAUGACUGCGUGCUUCUGGGCUUUUGACUCUAAAGAACAAAUAUAUAGCCAAGAUCACCAUCUUGUCUGUCGCCUCUUGCUGGACCACCACGCAGAUCCCAAUCUCCGAGAAGAGGACUAUAAAACAGCUCUUCACAAGGCUGCCUGGAACUGUGAUCAUGUCCUGAUGCAGAUGCUGCUGGAGGCCGGAGCAGAUACUCAUAAGAUGGACAUGAAUGGCUGUGCACCCAUACAAUAUCUCCUCAAAGUGACUGAUGUCAGGCCCAUGGCCAUACCCAAACUCUGCUAUCAGCUGCUGCUCAACCAUAGCACAGCUCGGAUCUACCCACCCCAGUUCCACAAGGUGUUGCAGACAUGCUAUGACUACCCUGAAGUAGUAGAAAUCAUGGUCAACUCCUAUGAACACUUAAAGGCCACAAAGAAGUGGAGAGCUGCCAUUCCUGAUGACUGCUACAAGCGACAUGAAGACUUCUACAACUCCUUGUUCACUGUUUGCUCCAACACACCUCGCAGCCUGCUCCACCUGACCAGAUGUGCCGUCAGAGCCAGACUGGGUAGGCUCUGCCACAGAGGUGUAGCACAGCUGUCUCUGCCAUGUACCGUGAAGAAGUAUUUACUACUGGAACCUGAGGGGAUACUGUACUGAUGAAGACACUUCUGUUUAUAAGAUUCAACUGCUGUUUGGUACUCCAACAUGCAGUCUGUCAUCUGACGAUUUGAAUAGAAACAUUUACUUCCUGUGUGCAGACUAUAGAGAGUGAAAAUGCGGCAAGUUGGAGCUGAUGCUAAUGUGUGCUUUUUAUAUUUUUUCCAUAAAAAUCAUUCCUAGAGGCUUCUGUCUGGAAUAUAAGAAAUCCCUCUUUAGUGUUUGACAGUAGAAACUUGACAUGACACCAUACAAGUAAUUACAAAUUAUGAUUCAAUUGAAUAUAUUCAACUAGAAGCAUGCAGAGAUUAAAGGGAGAGGUGAGAAAAUAGCAACUUACUAAUGC